ACCCGGCGCACACCUCCACAGGCGGCGACUUCAACGAGCCCCUGCUAAAGUUUAACAGCAGUGGACGGUGGUGCAGCUGUUACAUCAACGUGGUCCGGGCGAGGACGCGGCAAUGGUGCUGUAGGUUCUAGCGGGCAGUGGCUACUCUGGCAGAACUUAGGCGGCACCGUUUGCCUUCCACGUCAACAGGUGGCCACCAACGGGCACGUGCCUCUUUAAUUAACGUUCCUCGAACCUCGGAAUGACGAGCAAAGCCCGGGCAGCUUUUAACAGCCGCAGACACGACGCUAACUAGCUUAGCUCGAAGCCACACACACAUGUUAGCGUAACGGUUACUGUUGGGUUCGGCCGGUUUGCUGACACACGGCUCGCUGAGGUCGGUUCGAGGCGCUGGGGGUUAAACUUGUCAGGUAACCGCAGCAGAAAGCUCCCAGCUCCCAAGUCGAACCGAUUUCCGGCUCGUGAUCCUCCAGACCUGACACCCACUGGCUCUGGUUCUGAAGGAGUUCUGACCCAUCAGAAAUAAACACUGGGCAUCUUUACCUGAGCUAACUUUAACAGGAGUUGAAUGGCAUCCGUUGUAGCAGUGAAAAGUGAGAAGCGACCUGCAGCUGAUUCUCAGGAUGCAGACUCAAAUGCAAAAAAGCCCAGGAAACUGCUGCCCAGUCUGAAGACCAAGCGAGCCCCCGAGCUUGUCCUGGUGAUCGGCACAGGAGUGAGCUCUGCAGUGGCGCCCCAGGUCCCUGCACUCCGUUCGUGGAAGGGCCUCAUCCAGGCUUUGCUUGAUGCUGCCAAUGAUUUUGACCUCCUGGAGGAGGAGGAGAGCCGGCGUUUCCAGAAGCACAUGCAGGAAGAUAAGAAUUUGGUGCAUGUGGCCCAUGACCUCAUUCAAAAACUUUCCCCGAGGACAGGCAAUGUGCGGUCCACAUUCUUCAAAGACUGUCUAUAUGAGGUGUUUGAUGACUUGGAGUGCAAAAUGGAGCAUGCAGGGAAACACCUACUACGCUCAGUGCUGCAGUUAAUGGAGAGUGGCGCACUGGUCCUUACUACUAACUUCGACAACCUGUUAGAGAUCUAUGCAGCUCACCAGGGCACGAAGCUGGAGUCUUUGGACCUGACGGACGAGAAGAAGGUGUUGGAGUGGGCUCAGGAGAAACGGCGGUUAAGUGUUUUGCAUAUCCACGGGGUUUACACCAACCCUAGUGGUAUUGUGCUGCACCCUGCUGGAUACCAGAAUGUGCUGAGGAACACUGAGGUUAUGCGUGAGAUCCAGAAGCUGUACGAGACCAAGUCAUUUGUGUUCCUCGGCUGUGGACGCACGGUGGACGACACAACCUUCCAGGCCCUGUUCCUGGAGGCAGUCAAACACAAGUCAGACCUGGAACACUUCAUGCUUGUGCGCCGCGAGGAUGUGGGCGAGUUCAAGAAGCUCCGUGACAACAUGCUGGACAAGGGGAUAAAAGUCAUCUCCUAUGGAGACGAGUAUGCUGACCUGCCAGAGUACUUUGAGAGACUGGCUAAUGAGAUCUGCAAUCGUGAAGUGUCUACCAACACUUGGGGGUCUCCUUCACAAAGCGUGGAGGAACAGCAGAAUGGUUUUACCUCACAGAAGAGCCUCCUUCAAGGUUAGAACUGAAGGCUUCUGUGAUCUCAGAGUGGUCAUUCAAUAAAGACGUUUCCACAGUAAAGCCCUGUCCAAGACUCCCAGCUCUGUACGUCAUGCUGGCAGAACUUCCAUAUCCACCCUGAACUUGAAUAUGGAAGAAUGUUGAUUCUUUUACACAAAGAUACAACUCACUGGAGUGUUGUAUGUAAGACAAGUCAGCCAGUGGCAAAUUGAGGUAACCUGAAAAGGACUACCCAAACUCCCAACUCUGCCUGAACUGCAUUCAGAUUUUGCUUAAAAUCUCAAACUUUUGGAAUCUGAAUGCCACUUGUGUUUGACAUGACAGAAAGCACAGAUCUGAGUCCACUGAGAGAAGCUGACUGUGCUUCUUAGAUUUGGAUAUAAAUAUGCAGUUUUAACUGCACAGCCUUGACCUGCCUGUAAAUAGAAGCUAUAGUUGAACGCUCUAACGCACAUCACAUGCUCUUAAUUAUAAAAUCAUUUUUAAAAAGGUAUUGUAUUAAUGUGUUAGUCUUAUCUGUCAUCCUCACCCUGAAACCAGAAAACUGUUUUGCACAUGUCUGGAUGGGGAUCAGAAAUAGCGGACGGUUCUCCAAGUCUUGAGUUUUACUUGGUUUUGCCAACAUAUUCAUGUGAAGACUCUGAGCUCAGUUGUAAAUUCAGAUGUUUCCAUAGCAGCGUGACUCCCUGCUUGUAGCAAACACUGUCAUUUACGUGCUGAAAGGAAAAAGAAAAUAACUUUGUAAACCUUUUUGUAUUUUUGAAUACUUGCAUGUGUUUCUCAUCUAGUAUUUAAAAGCUCUAUUUUCAAAAUAAAGCCUUGGUAUCUCU